AUGUCACGCUUCUACUCCACUUCGCAUCACAUUCAAUCCACAUCCACAUCUACUACGAUGACGGCUUCUAGUGCAACUGGUGCUCCAGAUGUUAACGGUGGCCAUUGUGCAUCUCCGUAUCUACGUCGUAUUCGAAUUCCAAAGUUGAAUACAUUUCGCCAUCAUUUAGAAGAGGAUGAAGAUGACGAUGAAUGGUUUGAAAUGCAGAUGGCAAAGAAUGAAUUGAUCCGAUUACGAAUGAAUGAACUGAAGAACAAUCGACUGAAAGAUCGUACAAACAACAACAAUGGGGAAUCGAAGAAUGUGAAAACGUCGAAAAGUUUCAGUUUGAGUUCAACAGCAAACCAUGGAAAGACAAAACAAAACAAAGAACGAUCAGAUGAUGUGGAACCUCGUAACGGCAACAGCAGAUGCCUCCGUUCAUCGAAAGAAGAGAACAAGAAAAGUGGAGAGGAUAUGAUUGAGACGCACGCAUCAAUGCAAAGAUGUCUCUGGUUCCAUCCAAAGCAUCUUUUCAAUAUGUCUCCACAGCCGGAGCCAACUUUGAAGGCGAAAACGAUUUCCGAUAGAUUCUGA